AUGACAACUCAGUUACGCAACAUUAUCCUAUUAUUCAUCUUCAUUUCGGGUAUCUUUGCCGCAUCUUUGAACAAAGUUGGUGAAUAUGGCACUUAUUUGAAUCCAAAUCCACGCAAAACUGCCAAGUGUGAACCGAAUGAUCUAGUCAAGUUAUCCACUUGUUGUAACGAUGUGCUUUCGAAAUUAGAUGAAUGCAAGCCAAAUGACUUAGCCUGUGAAUGUUGUGCUUUGCAAAGUAUUGACGACGAAUGUUAUCACUUGUGUCCUGGAAACCCGAGUACCAAUUUUUUGACUGUGUUGUUACUGGAUUGUGCUGCUAUGAAUGAGGUUAAUGCUUGCUCUUUGCCUUUUAAGAAAGAGGAUCCUGAACCACUUAGAAAGAGUAUCGUCAGGACUGAUGAAGAGGAUCCUAGGAUUUUGGAUGAUGCAGUUGAUGCUAGCUUACAGAGCAAAGUUUACAACGUGGAGUCUUUGACUAAACAGCCGCAUUUCAAAAGCGAGAAGCUUGAUCUGACGGGUGAAAAUGAAAUGAGCGAGGUCCAGACUGAUGCGUCGGAUGAUUCAUUUGCUGCUGUGGGUGCAGUGAUUUUCGUGAAUACCUCCUCCAAUCAUUCUAAUAUCUCAACUGUCGGUUUGUUGAAUGAGCAGAAAUCAGGCUCAUCUGGGUCUACGAUACCAGCCAUGGUGGUGCUUUUCAUCUUAGCAACAGUCCUUGUUAUUCAAGAGUUUUAA